AAAAUGAACCUCCAACAAACUACUUUACAGAUUAGACUUCAGGACACUAUCGAAAAUGUAUUACAAACAGAUAAUAGAUUGAGUGUGAAUGUUUUUAACAAUACAUUAUCACUUGGGCCAGCUGAAACAAAGCAAAAUAUUGAGGAGGCUGUGCAUAGGGUAGAGAAAAAACAGGAGGCUCUGGCAAAAACUGAAGAGCAAGUACUGGAGAUUAUGCAACAUGGGAAUGCAGAUGUGAUUGAAAAAAGAGACCUGGAUAUUCUGUCAGUGUCUGAGUUUAACUUGCAAGACAAUGAACCACAAUGGACACUAGCAAAAAGUAUAGAACAACAAGAGACAAGUUUAAGGAAUACAGCAAAUGAACAGGCAGAGCAUGUAGACCAAACUAACAAUGUGUUACAGGUAGUGUCACAGCCAGAGACGUUGCCUUCCUCAGAUUGCAGAGAACCAAUAAACCAAGACACUGAAACUACUGUCUGUCCUGUUGUUGAGACUUUUCUUCCAUAUUCUUUGAAUAACCUAACCUCUGAGGCUGAGAAAACCAAAACCGAUAUCUUGUCAGAAUGCAAAUUUUCAAUUACCCCUACAUCAAUCCCCGGACAACAGAGAAGCGCAGAAAAGAAGAGACUGAACGAGUACUCAGGGAAUGUGGGGGAGGAAGCCCUAAGUACUGACUCUUUGCUCCGCUGGUGUCAAGAAGUGACGGCUGGGUAUCGUGGAGUCCGAGUCAGAGUCAACAAUUUCACCACAUCAUGGAGAAAUGGGCUGGCUUUUUGUGCCAUCCUUCACCACUUUCACCCCGAAAGCAUCAACUAUGAAGUGUUGGACCCACUUAAUGUCAAGGAGAAUAACAAAAAGGCAUAUGAUGGGUUUGCUGCUCUUGGGAUACCACCACUUUUAUCUCCAUCUGACAUGUUGCUUCGUUCUGUGCCAGACAAGCUCAUUAUUCUCACAUACCUCUGUCAAAUUCGAUCUCACUUCACAAGUGUUCAUCCAACUGCAACAACUCAAAAUCCUCACGUGGAUAAGCAGAAACAUGACACUGUUUCAGAACUACAGUCAAACUUGAACUCCAAGCAACAAAAUAUUACUUCCGAAGAUCAAGCUAUCACAGAGGAACACAGUGUUAAACCCACACCCAUGAAUGAAAAACACUUUGUAAAAGUAGACCAUGGAAAGGAAAAUCUUCCAGACUUAUCCUCUGAUGAACAAGUGGUGAAAAAGUCUACUCCUGCAUCUCAGGAAGCAUUAAGUGCUAUAACAGAUAAAAAUGAAACAAUAAAGCAAUUAAUGCAUGAAAAUAAUGAAUCUGCACCUAAACUAAAAAAUAAAUUAGAAGCCUUGCCUGAGACACAGAAUAAAUAUGACAAACAAAAAUUAGUAAUAUCUCCUCCUGUAGACAGUUUACCAAAAUACUCUGCUGUGGAAAAAAAGACCUCAUGUCCUGAGGCAGAGCAAAACACAAAAUUUUGUAUUGUUCCUCAGAAAGAUGACAUUAUAAAUACAGAGGAAGAAAAUAUACCAGGUACUGUUAAAGAGACAAGCAAUUCUGGAGUUGUUCCACCUCCUCGGGUUAAGAAAAGACUAAGUGUUAAUGAAGGUUUAACAGAGUUAAACCUGGAAGAAGGAGAAACUUCCCUUCAGUCAGCAACUGUUCCAGUUGCUCCUCCACGAAAAGGAGGAGGUCUAGGUCAUCUUCGAGAUGCCGACCUUGUGAAGAAAAGGCGUUCCCUUAUUCGAUCUCAGUCCCUUUCACAAGAUGAGGAAAUGGAUCUCACACUAAAAAGUCACGAAACACCCUCAAGACCCUCUUCCCAAAUUGUGAAUGAACAAUCUGCUUCUACAGAUGUUUCCUUUUCUGCCAGUGAAUUCCACACAAUUGAAGCUCCAAUGAAAGAGGAGGAACCUGUGCUUCUUAAAGACACCAGCCAGUAUGUGAUGUCUGAGCUUGCAGCUUUGGAAGACCAACAAAAAGAGAUUGAUACAAGAGCUGCAGUAGUAGAAAAGGAUCUUCGAACUCUAAUGGAAAAUGGCUCUGACAAGGAAGCAGAAGAAACCCUUAUCCAAGAAUGGUUCACAUUGGUGAAUAAGAAAAAUGCUUUAAUCAGGAGGCAAGAUGAACUGCAGUUACUUGCAGAGGAACAAGAUCUGGAACGGAGGUUUGAACUCCUGAGCAGAGACCUUCGAGCGUUGCUAUGUACUGAUGAUUACUUAAAAAGUGAAGCUCAGAAGAGAAGAGAGAAACUUUUACUUGAUGAAUUAGUGUCUCUAGUAGAUCAGCGUGAUGGCCUUGUGAGAGAUCUCCAUAUAAAAGAGAGGAGAGCUAUAGAAGAAGACGAAAUAAUAGAGAGAAGUCUUGAGCAAAGGAGGAGAAAGCUCAGCAAAAAGGAGAAAUGUCGCAUCAGCUAA